CUCGGCAGCAGCUAAGCUGCACAGUCGACAUGGCAAGGAAAUAUCGCAACAUUUUCCUAAAGAAAGAUGAAAAUCUUCCAAGUCUUUUGGAAUGAUAUUCAUCACGCGAUGUGAUCCAAAAUCCACAAUGUGUGAGGACAUUUAAGAACGAUUGAGUUCGGAAGAAAAAAAAUCUUGAUUCCAGUGGAAUCUUCCAUAUAUUAUAUAUUAUUAUUAUAUUUUUUUUCUGUGUUAAACUUAACAUACAUUUACACACACUCGUCCCAUCAACAUAUAACCAUGCCAGUGCAAGCACCACAAUGGACAGAGUUCCUGCUGUGCCCAAUCUGCACACAGACAUUUGAGGAGACUGUUCGCCGACCCAUCAGUUUGGGCUGUGGACAUACUGUCUGCAAGAUGUGCCUGAACAAGUUGCACCGUAAGGCCUGUCCCUUUGACCAGACAGCCAUCAGCACAGACAUCGAGCAGCUACCUGUUAACACAGCCCUGUUGCAGCUGGUGGGAGGCCAGGUUCCUAAGGCUCAGCCAGUUGCCUUGAUUUCCAGUCCAGAGGACUCGCAGCAUUAUGAGGAGGCCAGGCAGUGUGUGGAGGAGUUGGCCCUCUACCUCAAACCCCUCAGCAACACCCGAGGUGUGGGUUUGAGCAGCACGGCCCAGAGCAUGCUGAGUCGACCCAUGCAGAGGAAACUGGUAACUCUGGUCCACUGUCAGCUGGUAGAGGAAGAGGGCCGCGUGAGAGCCAUGAGAGCUGCCCGCUCUCUGGGUGAGAGAACUGUCACCGAACUAAUCUUGCAGCAUCAGAAUCCACAGCAGCUCUCCUCCAAUCUGUGGGCUGCUGUCCGUGCACGAGGAUGUCAGUUUCUUGGCCCAGCCAUGCAGGAGGAGGCUCUGAAGUUGGUCCUUCUUGCACUAGAGGAUGGUUCUGCUCUGUCCAGGAAGGUGUUGGUUCUCUUUGUAGUCCAGAGGCUUGAGCCUCGCUUCCCACAGGCCUCUAAGACGAGUAUAGGUCAUGUGGUGCAGCUCCUGUACAGGGCCUCAUGCUUCAAGGUGACCAAACGUGAUGAAGAUUCAUCCCUAAUGCAACUGAAAGAAGAGUUUCGUACUUACGAGGCUCUGCGGCGUGAGCAUGACUCUCAGAUUGUUCAGAUUGCCAUGGAAGGUGGGCUGCGCAUCGCACCCGAUCAGUGGUCUUCUCUGUUAUAUGGAGAUCAGUCUCACAAGUCACACAUGCAGUCUAUCAUAGAUAAGCUGCAGACCCCAGCGUCCUUUGCUCAGAGUGUCCAAGAGCUGACGAUUGCGCUACAGAGGACUGGAGACCCGGCCAACCUCAACAGGCUGCGGCCCCACCUGGAACUUCUGGCCAACAUUGACCCCAGUCCCGAUGCUCCCCCUCCCACAUGGGAGCAGCUAGAGAAGGGGUUGGUAGCAGUGAAGACGGUGGUGCAUGGCCUGGUAGACUUUAUCCAGAACCACAGCAAGAAAGGAGCUGACCCUCAGCAGCCUCCUCAGCACAGCAAGUACAAGACAUACAUGUGUCGUGACAUGAAGCAAAAGGGGGGCUGUCCUCGUGGAGCCAGCUGCACCUUUGCUCACUCUCAGGAAGAACUGGAGAAGUAUCGUAAGAUGAAUAAGCGCCUGGCAGCUCGCCUUCCUGGCUCAGGGCUCAUGCCAGAUGAAGGCCUUCCCCUUGAUGUAGCAGUGACCCGGAAGCCUUCACCCCUCACCAAUGGCAGUGGUGCACCCUCUUUGCCCCAGCUCAUUGCCCGUGGCACAGACACAGUCCCAUAUGAACUGUUGCGUAAACCAAUGAAGAUGGAUGGAGGGAGUCCCAGUGCCCCAGGAUCACCACCUGAUCCCCUGGACUCUGUGUCCAAACCUGGUAUGCCUCUGCCACCUCAUGCACUGGCCCACCCCAGAAUGUCUGCAGAUCACCUCUCUGGGGUGAAGCAGAUGCCUGGGGUACCUAGAGGUUCACCAGUGUACCCCCAGCAACAGCUCUCUGAGAUGUUCUACUCUGAUUCUCGCCCACCACCUUCUGGUCCUCAGUAUGAACCUCCACAAUACCCCCCAGGUUACCCCUACCAACAGCCACCACAGUAUGUUCCUCGGGAUUACAUGCGUAACCCACCCCCCAGUGAGUCAGGGCCCCCUUACCAUGACCCCUACCCUGGCUAUGGCCCACCAGAGCGCCCUUACCAGGCCCCUCACUCUGGCCCACCCUUCUCCUACCCUCACCCUCCACACUAUGACCGAGGUCGCCAUGGGACCUAUUCUGGCCCCCCACCUCCCCCACAGCCUUAUACAUCUCAGAGGGAAAGCAUGGUCAGAAUGAGUCCUGCACCUCUCGAUGUUCCCCCACCAUCAGCAGGACAGGGUAACUCACUCUACCACCAGGAGGCCAGUGGCCGGGAUAGAUACCCACCAGAUGGCUACUAUCAAGCAGGUGCCCAACCUCCACCAAUGAGGGCUUAUCCCAGAGGGCCAUCAUAUAGUGGUUCCCAGCCCAGCCUGGACUACCUGCACCGACGUCGGCAGGAGCUGUUAUCCCAGCUGGAAGAAAGGAAAGUCAUCUCCCCUCCACCAUUUGCUGCCUCCCCCACUCUUUCUCAUACCUUCCCAAGCGACUACCCUCCUGAGUACGGAGAAGAGAGCUCCAAAAGCAUCGGGAAAUGCAGAGAGCCUGACUAUGCUGGGCAAUACUCACCCUGGUCUUGCGAAACCAUUGGAUCGUACAUUGGCACAAAGGACGCCAAACCCAAAGAUGUUAUGGUUCCUGGAACCAUGGAAAUGAUGAAUGUUGAGGCUAAGGGUCUGAGGGAACCAUCACUUGAGGCCCCUCGUAGGGGUACAGAAGUCAAGGACGAUGACCCUAUUAUCCCGUUUGGCCCCCAGCCCACUGUAUCACGCUUUGGUGCCAUCUCCCGCACCUCAAAGACGGGCUAUCAGACUACUGGCCCUGUACAGGCCAUGGCCUCCACUCCCCAGAACCCAAACUCUAAACACAUGGCCAUGCCAGCAGAAUACACAUAUGGAAGCCAUGGAGGAUGGGGUGGAGCUUCAUACCCCUCCCACCAGACUGCCUCCUCCUCUCAGGGACACUUUAGUGAGCGCCUGCCUAUGGCAGCCACAGACAGAGAACAGCUGAAGAUUGAACUGCAGCAGGUCAACCAGCAGAUCAACCAACAGACCCAGAUGCACAGCAUGGAGGCUGCCAGUAACACUUUGCUGCUGCAGAGGGAGGCCAGUGCAUUGGCAGGUCAGCCUGUGCAGCCCAGCCAGGGUCAAGCAGCAGGAGCCCAGCAGCAGCAACAGGCCAAGUGGCCAGCAGGGGGAGCAAGUGCAACAGCUGUUUCUAGUGAACAGCUGAGCCUGGAGCUCCACCAGGUGGAGAGAGAGAUUGGAAAAAGGACCCGUGAGAUGGCCAUGCAGGAAAAACAAGUGGCUCAUGAAGUUCAGCAGUACAAGAUGAAACCUGCAGAGAAUGGACAACCAGAGCACAAGACUCAGCUAGAAGAAAUCUCUCUGGCUCUUGGCGAGGUGUCAAACGGCUCCAGCAGUCUGCAAGAAAGUGCAGUGGGCGGGUCCAUGCUGUCACUGACCAAUAAGACGUCUGCAUUGAGCCUGUGUUCUGAUCCAGGCGCCACUGGUUCAGAGAUGCAGAAGAAUGGCAUUGUCCAUUCCUGUUCUUAGGCAGUACACACACACACACACACACACAUACACACAUACACAAACAUGCACAUACAUUCUAGAUGCUCAACUGAAAAGCAUGCACAGACAAUACACCCAUUCUAUUUAGAAGAUGAGCAGUAUCUGCCGUGAUAUGAAUUUUCUUUCUUUUUGUUCUGUGAAUGAGCUUUUUUUAAUGACUUUCCUUGCCUGGAAACCAGGGCAUAUGAUAACAUUUCUUGUGUGCGUUUUUUUUUUUUUUCCUUUUUUUUUUUCUACUGGGAUUACACAUUAACAAGGCUCACAAUAGAUAUAUUAGGAAGAGAAAAUGGUGGUGACGUUGACAGCGGUAUUGGAACAUCAUUAAAAAAACGCAGGCUACUCCAUCCUUAAUAAACACAACAACAUAGUCAAGUGUAUGAUUCAUUUUCCCCAUGCAAGAUUUUUUGGUUUGGUUGUAGCUGGAUACGUGUCAAUGAACGGUUAAAUACAGAGGAACAGAUGAACAAACUCUCUGAGGAAUUUAAUAUUAAUUUCUUUUUUGCAAUCUGAUGAUCUAUGGUAUUGUAGGAAACAGCAGAAGUGAAUCGCUUGGUACUCACCCCCAGAAUCGUAAAAAAGUGGCUGCCCAGAUCUAGAUUGUCUGAGGAGGGAAAAGCAGUAAAAAAAAAAAUAUUCCACCAGUAUUCUGAGAUGCAAAUAGGAGCAGUGUUUUUAGAAGUCACAUUUUGCACACCACACGCACUUCCUUACCUACCACGAGAAGUAUGAUUUUAUUAGUGCAUUUUAUGAACACAUCAUGUGUCUGUUUCAUACUUGAAAGCAGUAUAUUAUAUAUUUAAUUGAGGCAUUCUGUUUUAAAGAUUGCAACAAAGUCUUUUUGAUAAUGAGCUUUCCACAUGUUUUCUAUAUAAGGGAAUCUACUAUGUGCUUCUCUUGGUUGUGGUGUGACCGGAUGUGGUUUGGCUGCGAGGCCUUUCGCCCCGCAGCUUCCCAAAGGGCUGAGUUCAGCCUUUGCUGGUCAUGUUGUAAAGUUUUUCACAGCACGCUCAAAAAAACAAAAAAAACAAACAAACAAAAAACCCAACUGACAAAAAACCC